UGAGACCGGGCAAGGGAGGAGAGGCUGGAGCAAAGUCUACAGGACAGAGGCGUCCUCUGGGAUCCGGGAACCCGGGGGCAGCCCCUCCUGCAUGCUGGGUAGGGCUCUGGGCACCAACCACUCUUCUUACCCUCUGGGGCUCAAGCCAGAAGCUCAAAGUGCUUGCUGGGUUGGUGACAGAGAGCCGCGGAGCUCAGACCCCCGGCAUCCACUCCCGUCUUCUCUCCACUGCCCGGCAUGGAGGAAGGUGGUGAUUUUGAAAACUACUACGGGGCAGACAACCAGUCCGAGUGUGAGUACACGGACUGGAAGUCCUCGGGAGCCCUCAUCCCUGCCAUCUACAUCUUGGUCUUCCUCCUGGGCACCACGGGAAAUGGUCUGGUGCUCUGGACUGUGUUUCGGACCAGCCGGGAGAAGAGGCGCUCGGCUGACAUCUUCAUCGCCAGCCUGGCGGUGGCCGACCUGACCUUCGUGGUGACCCUGCCCCUGUGGGCCACCUACACCUACCGAGAGUACGACUGGCCCUUCGGGACCUUCUCCUGCAAGCUGAGCAGCUAUCUCAUCUUCGUCAACAUGUAUGCCAGCGUCUUCUGCCUCACCGGCCUCAGCUUCGACCGCUACCUGGCCAUCGUGAGGCCGGUGGCCAAUGCCCGGCUGAGGCUGCGGGUCAGUGGGGCGGUGGCUACGGCCGUGCUGUGGGUGCUGGCCGCCCUCCUGGCCAUGCCGGUCAUGGUGUUCCGCUCCACGGGGGACCUGGAGAACAGCACCAAGGUGCAGUGCUACAUGGACUACUCCAUGGUGGCCGCCCCGGGCUCAGAGUGGGCCUGGGAGGUGGGCCUGGGCGUCUCGUCCACCGCCGUGGGCUUCGUGGUGCCCUUCACCGUCAUGCUCACCUGCUACUUCUUCAUCGCCCAGACCAUCGCCGGCCACUUCCGCAAGGAGCGCAUCGAGGGCCUGCGGAAGCGGCGCCGGCUGCUCAGCAUCAUCGUGGUGCUGGUGGUGACCUUCGCCCUGUGCUGGAUGCCCUACCACCUGGUGAAGACCCUCUACAUGCUGGGCAGCCUGCUGCACUGGCCCUGCGACUUCGACCUCUUCCUCAUGAACGUCUUCCCCUACUGCACCUGCGUCAGCUACGUCAACAGCUGCCUCAACCCCUUCCUCUACGCCUUCUUCGACCUGCGCUUCCGCCAGGCGUGCACCUCCAUGCUCUGCUGGGGACAGAGCAGGUGCGGGGCUCCCGCCCACAGCAGCAGCGGGGAGAAGUCAGCCAGCUACUCCUCCGGGCACAGCCAGGGGCCCGGGCCCAACAUGGGAAAGGGUGGGGAGCAGGCACACGAGAAAUCCAUCCCCUAUAGCCAGGAGACCCUGGUGGUUGACUAG